UCGAGGCUCCGAGACGACAGCAUGGGGAACGAUGGUGGUGUCAUCGCGGUCAAGCGCAAGUUCAUGCGCCAUGGCCAGCACAAGCAGCGCGACGAGCAGGCCGACCAGCGCACGCUGCGUGCGAAGCGCACGACCAUGUGCGCCUUGACGGACGAGCCGCUGGCAGCGCCGAUCGUGGCCGACAAGCUCGGCAACCUCUUCAACAAGGCGUCGCUCAUCGAGCGCCUCCUCGAGCGGACGCUGCCGCCGGAGCUGAGCUACAUCCGCUCCAUGAAGGACAUUGUCAACUGCAAGUUUUACGCCGACGAGACGUCCGGCCUUCGCCACUGCCCGAUCACGCUGCAAGUCUUCAACGGCAAGCACCCGUUUGUCGUGCAGAAGAAGUGCGGCUGCGUCCUCUCGGAGAAGGCGCUCAAGGAAGUCAAGUCCACCGAGUGCCUCAUGUGCGGUGCGCCGGCGCGCGAGAAGGAUCGGUUGGCUCUGCUGCUCCCCGAAGAAAAGGCCAUCGAGGUCAUGCUCACGCUCCACAAAAAAGACGAUGGCAAGACGACAGCUAUCCCAGCGCUCAAGCGCAAGCGCGACGAGCCUGCUGCGAUCGCAACGAACGCGCCCAAGUCCAAGGUUCGCGCCGUGAGCGAAGCCCUCGAUGCGGUCCAGGCCGAGAAGGAGAAGAGCGCGGUCUUUGCCUCACUCUUCUCGGGCGAAAAGUCGUCCCAGAAAUCGGCCAACGAUCUCUUGAUGACCGUCGGUGGCAUGCGCUACACGCUUUCCUAGUCAUCUUGUAUCUCUACUGCAAUUCCAACCAACUCUUACAUCCUACGCCUUGCCGAC